GUGGAGGGGGUCAGCCGGGGUGAUGAUCCAACCCCGACUGAACCGAUGAGCGGGCCCAGACACGACAGAGAGAUGCGGAGCUUCUGAGGAGCAGAAACGUCCAGACAUCUUGUGGAGCAGCACGUCGUCUUCUCUCUUUAUCUCAGGACAGAACAAUCAAAGCUCUCGGCUGCGGUUUCAUCUGUGGCGGAAUUACUGCAUACUUCACCUGUCACAGCUCCCUGAAGUGUCUCCCUGAGUGUUUGAAAAUGACAGCUCAGACUGCAGGAGGCAUGAUUCAGGGCCUUGCUGUGCCCUCGCUGCUUGACUCCAGUUCCCCAACGGAAGGACUGGAGUCCAGGCAUCUGGGAGAAGUCGGGUCCUUCAGUGAUGAGGCUGUUUCCAUCCUGACCUCCACAAGCCAGCUGGCCCGAACCCUCCUGGGUCACACCUUUGCCCUGAAAAGUAAAGACAGCCUUUCCAACAUAGAGGCUAAGUCUGGUAUCUGCAAUGAGGACAGCGGCAUCAGUUCACGUGGCAAACGAGAGUUAACCUCUGAUGAGAAGAAAGAUGAGGGAUACUGGGACAAGAGGAGGAAAAACAACGAGGCAGCCAAGCGAUCCAGAGAGAAACGGAGAGCCAAUGACAUGGUGCUGGAAACUCGAGUUCUGGGUCUACUGGAGGAGAACGCCCGUCUGAGGGCCGAGUUGUUGGCUCUGAAGUUUCGUUUUGGCCUGGUCAAAGAGUCAUCUAAUAUGUCCGUUCUGCCUCUUUCUUCACCCCUCCGUGCAACAGUCAAUACAACACACUUCUACCAGCCUCCAAAUAAUGGAUUAUCAAGCCCUACCACACAGCCCAGUGCCAACACCAACAGCAUCCACCCUCACCCUUUACAGCAGGGAGCCAUGCAUGGCCCAAGGAGAGCUGGACCUCCGUCAAAUCAAAGUGUAUCUGAGUUUGGCGUCUCAACCUCAUGUCCCUCAAACAUUGGCGCCCACUCUAUGUUUUUGGAUGACUCAAUGGGUGAGCAUGGUGGGCCUUCUGCGAGGGAGCAGGUAGCGGGACAACAGUGCCAUGACACCAACAUCCUUUCCCUGGAAGUCAGAGAGAGUCACUAUGUAAAUAAACAAGAGUCACCUGAGUGUCUGAGAAGCCUCCCACACAAGCUCCGUUUCAAAGGCCCAGGGGGGGACUUAUCUCCAUCCUCUGAUAGUAGACAAACUGGACCACCCAUAGCCACAGUGGGGCCAAACAUCCAGGAGAGGUGCCACCAGCAGGUGGGCUGGGUCAGUCCGACAGAGAGCCUGACUUCAUGGUCUAGGGAGGAGACCUCUGGUGGUCCUGGGCUGCAGUAUCAGAGCUCUGGAUCUUAUAACACUGUGCAGAACUCCGGGGACACCAAUCUUUUAACAGAGGACAACAAUCUUAGAUCUCAGAUCAGCUGUUUGUCACAGGAAGUGGCUCAACUCAAGAAGCUCUUCUCCCAGCAGAUGUUCACCAGGCCCUAAGAUCCUGAGCACAACAGGAUGAAAUCCACAUUAAAGGCAGAUUUCACACUACAUCUAUCCAAACAAAGAUUCUUACAGACUGCACAGUCUCACAGGACAGUUCAGCACCAGUGUAAAUAGCUACCUCUAAAGUGACAAACCUGUUUCACUGAGCCUGUUAUUUCAGCAUAACGUUACUAAAACACCAGCACACCAACACAGAUGUACUCAGGGUGACUUAUGUGUAAGUCUUGUAUGUUGAAUUUCACAAGUUUAAACAGACCCUCUAUGAUGCUGAAAUCUCACAAACACUGGAGUGCCAUUUUAGGGAUUCAACUCACAUCAGCACCACAGUGUCACCAUAUUCACUGAUGUUGAAAAUGCCAUUCUUGUCUUCUUGGCACAAUACACAAAUUGUUGGCCUUUCAACACAAACACUUUAUAAAAAUGUUACCUUGGUUAGAUUUACAGUGGAGAAAAGAAGCACACAUAUAAGCUUUCCAUGAAAAACUGAAGUGUUAAGAAUGACCUUAGAGUUUAAGGAAUGAUCUCUAUGUGUUACUGUAUCUGUUGUUUACUGUAUCUGUAUCUGGUUUACCUAAGCCAUCAAAGCAAGCAAUAUACUUGCAUAUGUGUUGUUGUUUUUGUUGUCCAAAAUGAAAAUUGAGGUAAACUGUAUUUGGAAAUAAAAUCAUAUUUUAUUGUG